AUGUGUGCCUGCGUUCGUACUGGAUCCAUGGCGGGCAGGUACGCCCCACAACCGCCGGCUCCUGGGGCGCCAGCGUGGUGGGACUGCACGGAGGAUGCGGCGGCCUCACUGGGCUACGCGGCUGCCGCCUACGGGGAGCACGAGCCGGCGGCGAGGCCCAUCCUGGCGGAGCGCUACAAGACGAAGCUUUGCCGCAACUACGUGGAGACCGGGGUGUGCCCCUACCAGUCGCGCUGCAUGUUCGCCCACGGCGUCCACGAGCUCCGCUCGCCGGCGAUGAACUUACACGACGGCCUCGUUACGGCGGACGCCAUUCGCGCGUUUCGGCGUCGGCGGACCGCCCCACCGUACCUCUACGCGGCCGCGCGUGGCCCCGCCUCCCGCUUCAGGGCGUCGAGGGCGGCACCGGCGGCAGCAUACACGCACGACCCCUACGCCUGUGACCUCCUUCCGCUGCCCAGCCGUCUCUACAGCCAACCACCGGGCCUGGCGGCGCUCUUCUGCGCGACAGCGGCGCCCUCGUGCUACAGCUACAGCGACUCCGUUGAAAACCGCGAUGGUUGUGCGUCCUGUGUUGAAGUUGCGCGGCCGCCCAACAGCUACGCAUGCACUAAUUGUGACGCUGAGCCUUCCGCGUGUAGCAGCAUUGGCAGUGACUCGGAGGAUAACCGCCAGCCAACAACGCCCCGUAAGGAUUAUAUCAAAGAGCAACCGCCCGCAGAAGUGGUGGGGGAUGAAGCAGCGACAUCGCAGUGA